AUGGGAGUUUUAGCGCUAUUAUCGUCACUCAAGGCAUACGCCGCAUACCUCGUAAUUGCCGUCCUGGUACUUCGUCUAAUCACCAAUCGUUUUCGAAGGGGGCUCGCAGGGAUCCCCGGACCUGCAAUCGCCAAAUGGACUCGUCUCUGGAAGUUGCACAGUGUGUGGAAGGGCGAUCAUCACAAUACCGCGAUUGACCUGCAUCGCAAGCAUGGACCGCUGGUACGCAUUGGUCCGAAGCACAUAUCUGUUGGAGAUCCCAAUGCUAUUCCGAUCAUAUAUGGUCUCAACAAGGGCUUCACAAAGACAGGAUUCUAUCCCAUCCAGUGCAUAUCAUGGAACAAAAAGCCCCAGAUGAACCUCUUCUCCACCCGCGACGAGAUGUUCCAUCGUGAGCAAAAGCGGCCGGUGGCAAAUGCCUACAGUAUGACCUCGCUCCUCGAGCUUGAAUCCGCAGUGGACUCCUGCAGCGAGAUAUUUAUCAAUCAGUUGGGGCGAUUUGCGAAUAACAAAAAACCCGUCGACCUGGGAAUAUGGCUGCAAUACUACGCCUUUGACGUGGUAGGCGAAUUCACCUUUGCCAAGAAACUGGGCUUUCUGGAGGAGGGAAAGGAUGUCGAUGGCAUGAUUGAAGCUAUUCAGGGGAUGCUAGUAUUGAAUUUCACGCUCAAGGCCAUCAAUUCGCGCGCAUCGCUGCACCGAGACGGCGAGCUGGAUUCGGGAGAGAAGCCGGAAGCAGGAAAGGACAUGCUUUCCAGGUGGAUGGCCAUCCAUGCCUCUGAUCCCGAGAAGCUUUCCACUCGGGAUGUCAUCGUCCAUCUUUCGACGAAUGUUUUUGCUGGUUCAGACACCACUGCCAUCGCUCUGCGGGCCGUCUUCUAUCUCCUUCUUCGUAAUCCGUCGGUCAUGGCCAAGCUGAACGCCGAGAUCGAUGAUGCCAGCCGCGAGGGGAAACUAAGCAAUCCGAUUUCCUAUCGAGAAUCCAUGACUCACCUGCCUUAUCUGCAGGCGGUUCUCAAGGAGGCAAUGCGACUACAUCCAUCCGUUGGGUUGAUCCUGGAGCGUGAAGUGCCCAAGGGAGGCGUCACCGUCUGUGACAAGCAUAUUCCUGCUGGAACAGUGGUUGGCAUCAAUGCAUGGGUUCUACACCGAGAUGCUCGGGUCUUCCCAGACCCCGACGCGUUCAUUCCCGAGCGUUGGAUCGACAGCGACCCGCAGCAGUUGAAGAAGAUGGAACAGAGCUUCUUCACCUUUGGUUCGGGGUCACGGACUUGCAUUGGCAAGAAUAUCUCGCUUAUCGAGAUGCAUAAGAUUAUCCCCCAGCUUUUGCGUGAGUUUGAAAUCCGACUGCGCAGCCCAGAGAAGGAAUGGAAGACGAAGAAUGUAUGGUUUGUGCAGCAGGAGGGAUUGAUAUGUGACCUUGUACGCAAGAGGGACGUAAAGUAG